CAGCUUCAUUAAUUCAUGAGUAUCACGCUGGAUCUGAUCUGAAAGCUGUGAGCACUCCAGCCGGACAGGCUUACCUUUGCCUGGCUCUACCCGGAACCAUUAUGCAGACAGGAAACUACCAUUUUACCGCUAGCAGCAGCAGCAACGGGGGAGCCGUCUUCUACUGAGGGGGACACCUAAAGCAGCUGAGGCGGGGAUUGGAGCUGGAAGCCGGGGAGAAAAGCAGGAUAACCACGACCGAGACAUAAAUAAGGAGGACGCGUUGGUUAUGAGCGGCAGUGAGCCAGUAGGACUUCGGACUCAGACAAUGGUCCUACGGGAGCAGGCCAGCGGUUUUGUUAGCGAGUGAAAAGAAGCAGCAGCCAUCCUGGGCCGAUGGAGAUCCCGGGCCUUUCACGGUGCUUUUCCAUGGAUGAAGAAAAAGGCCCCGGUGACAGGCAGUAGGGACCCCCUCUUUCAGAACACACGUACUCCCCCAUGUCCUCACACUUUUGCCACCGUGUUUCUGGGUGGCUUUUUCCUACCAGGAUUCGUAUUUUAGAAGGCUACCCAGAGGUCUCCAUUUGAGGACAGAAAUCUGUUGAAGAGAUGAUUGAUCCUCCUCUGGAAAAACGAACACACUCCACUCCGUUGGACUACCAGUCAGUUUAAAGAAAUGGAACACUUUAAAGCCACACUACGGACCUUUUAUGUAAUUUAGCAAAUUUCCUAUUUAUGACCCUUUUAUAUAACUUCCCACCUGAAGCACUUAAAGGCUUCACUCAAUAAAAGUAAGCUUAGUGAAACAUUUAUGAGAGCUAAUCAAGCAUUAACUGUUGUUGGACUAAAGUGGCUCUUUCAAAGUUUGGGGCUGAAACAGAAGCAGAAGCUACUAAAGGCUCUGCUGGUUUUAUAGAAGUAGUGCAAGGUAUAGUUCUGUCCUCUGGAUAUUUUGUCACAGCCAUAUUGAAAGAUGUUUCAGUUCAGCAAGUACCCCAUGGACAUCUUAGAGAUGCUAAGUGGACACCAAGCCCACCAAUUUAAAGGCCUUGGGUUGGAACGACAACUGAGCCACCAACAGCAAGUCCAACUGCAGCAUCAGCAGCAGCUCCAGCAGCAGCACCAGCCUUCUGCCGACACCUCUGGAAGUCUGUUGUCCGGCCUUGGGCUGGGAUCCCUUCAGAGCUCUCGGAGCAAUGCCUUUGCUGAAUCCUCAUCAUUAUUCGCCAAAAUGAGUGCCCCUCCAUCCAUCUCCCACCAAAGUCAGUCGUCCUCAUCGUCCCACAGCUCCAGGAAGUCCAGCAAGAUUAACAGCAGUAGUGGCAGUGGGAGUUCCUCAUCCGGAUAUCCCCAGUUUCUGCGGCCUUUUCAUCCAGCCGAGGCAGCUCUUGCUCAGGAGCAGCUCCACUCUGGGAUGGGACGUUUUGACUUCAGUGGAAGUAGUAGUGGAGGGACUGGGGUUAUUGGGGUCACCCCUGCACCACCCCCUCCUUCACUGCAUCCAGGUCUCUCUGUACCUCAACCCUCACCUGGUCCGUCUUCGUCUUCACCUUCUUCCUCAACUUCGGCUUCAGCCUCCAACAACCCCUCCGGCAGCACUGCCGUACCCCUGGUCGGCCAGUCUGAUCCCCGCAGUCUACACCAACAGUUCAGUUGCAUGCUCGCUGCCAACCAGUACUUUUUAUCUGGUGUUCCAACAAAUAGUAGCCUUGAGCAGUUCCUUGUCCAGCAGGGAACUCACAACCACUUGGGUUUGGGUCUUGGCCAGGGAGCAACUGAAUCCAACUCAGCCCUGGCCCCUCCCCCUGCCCUCCACUCCUCUCACAGCCACACCGCUCCCCAGCCCCAACAGCAACAACAGCAGCUGACCGCUCAUGCCUUAUCUCAUCCACACAGCCACACUCACCACCCACACCCCCUCCAUCCAGCCCCUCAGCCAGCCCCACUGAGUGGCUUUGAUUUUCAGAGCAUUCCAGUGCUUUCUUCAAACCAGAUAGCAUCAUUAAUGCAGCAAGAGCCGGGGCUUCCCCUCCCCCUGCCCUUGCACCUGUCUCUAUCUAAAGAAGAUACAACAAAGUCAGGAGACAGCUCGUCUACAUCGGCUUCCAGUGGGGGUAGCAGGAGGAAGAAGGCAAUGGCAGGUUACCUGCCCCAGAGAAAAGCUGAAAGUAGCAGCCACAGUCAGAGCAGUCACAGCCAUAACAGCAGCUCAAGUGGGCACUCUCAGAGCUCCUCCUCAGGCCUCGUAGGAGGGGAAUCUGGGAGUGUUGGGCUAAGUGGCAUCAGCAGUGAGACACGGCAUUCCUCUCUCCUCUCGUCUUCCUCUCAGCAACAGUCCUCUUCCACCGUCUCAUCAUCCUCAUCUUCCUCCACAUCUUCAAGUUCCACUUCUGUGCUUGUAGCCAAUGGCAGCCAGCAAUUGUCCAAAUCACAACGUCAUAACAGCUCGUCUGGGCAGACCGAACCCGAACCCCUGUACCACUGUGGUGAAUGUGGUAAAACCUUCACUCACCUCUCCAGCCUUCGGAGGCAUCUCCGGAGCCAUGGGUUGACACCAGAAAGCCAAAGCAGGAAGUCAGACUGUAACUCUCCAAGCCCAGAAAGGAUAUUCUGUUGUGGUGAGUGUGGGAAGAGGUUCAAAAAGAGAGGCCACCUUAUCCAGCAUAGUGUCACCCACUCAGAAAACCGGCCUUUUGUCUGCAGCAUCUGCCAAAAGUCCUUCAACCGCCGGGAGUCACUCACAAGACAUGAGAAAAUCCAUGAUGAGAAGCCCUUUCGCUGCCCGGCGUGUGGGCGUUGUUUCCGUGAGAGCACGUCUCUGCUCAACCACGCUGCUUCAGGGGCUUGUGGCAAACCUCCCCGCAGCUCAAAAAACCGGGCCAACAGUGGGGCUAAUACAACAUCCAACCCAAGCAGCAGUAAAAUGGGAAAUACUGGAGAGAGUGGGGUAGGGAUUUCAAAUGAUGGGACUGGCAUAACAGAUAACAAGUAUGCAACCGAUUAUUCCAGAAAUCGAUACCAGAACCAGGUGCCAUACAACAGUGGUGUUGAUGACUACAGGCGUUCACAGUCUUCCACUCUCUAUUCCUCAGAGAGUACUUUAGGCAAUGAACUGAACAGCCAAACUCUCCGAAAGGCCCCUUUAGCUCCAACUCUUCAUCCCCAUCCUCAGAGCCAGCAGCAGCAGCAGCAGCAGCAUCACCACCAUCAACAGCAGCAGCAACAACAGCAACAACAGCAGCAGCCCCCACCGCCGCAGCAGCAGCAGCCCCACCUUCCCUUAUCCUCCCUGUUAGAUGAUUCAGAGGAUGAGGUCACUAGCAGUGCAAUGUCAGCCAUUGCUGCUGCCGCCGCUGCUUCUUGCGACAUCAACUCAGAAAGUCGAGAAGGAGAAAGGAGAGACAUCAUUGGAGGUCUGCUGGGGGGGUUGGGGUUUGGUAACAUGGGCGGACCAUCAUCAACUAGCCUAAACGGUUCCACAAUGCCUCUGACCCACCCCAGCUUACCUCACACAAAGCCCAGGAGACCACGAAAACCCAGAGAAAAAAGGGACCCAAACACAAUCGUGAGAAGGAGGAGGAGUCCGGCCCCUCCAGGGGAUGGCUCAGAAAGGCCGUAUGGCUGUCAGAUCUGUGGCAAGCGCUUUAGAAGGGCGGAGACGCUGAGGCGCCACAACAGGGUUCACACAGGGGAAAAGCCUCACGCAUGUGAAGUGUGUGGUAAAAUGUUCCGAGAACCUUUUCACCUCACUAAGCAUCUGACUGUACACUCCGGUCAAAAGAACUACAAAUGCAAUCUUUGUGGGAAGUUGUUUGCCUAUGCACAGAGCCUUGUUCGGCAUGGGAAGUUGCACAGAAAAGGUGAAAUUGACAACACUGGCCGGAGAAUUAAAGGUGGAGCCGCUGCUGCUGCUAUCAGUCAAGUUGCCAACUCUGGAAACUCCGAUUACUUCUCAUCAUGCUCCCAAGAAGAAAAGUCUCCAACAUCUGGCACCCCUUCUCAACGGCUUUACACCUGCACAGUUUGUUGGAAGUCAUUCCGACACUAUUUCCACCUGACGGCACAUCAACAGACUGUCCACGGCGGUGGGGUAGGCCUGGAGAAGUCCUUUCGCUGUGAAGUUUGUGGCAAAGCCUUCGCCUACUCCAACAGCCUGGUGCGGCACAAGUUGUCACAACACGGCAUUGACCGCAACGGCCAGCGUGUCAACCAGUCUCAACCAUCCGGAUACUCUCCACUGUUCUACGAUUCUGGGUCGGGUUCCAACUACGCUGGAUCAUCCCACAUUCCACAGGGAGUGGCUGAGCAACAACAGCAGCAGCAGCAACAACAACAACAACAACAGCAACAACAGCAACAACAACAGCAACAACAACAACAACAACAGCAGCAACAGAUGCAGCACCCUUUUCACUACCGCUCAAAAGACUUCCAAAAGCGUCAUGGACAGACAAGAAAGCACAGAAAGAAAAAACGGCGCAUAGUAAUCCACAGCAUCAUGAGAGACGGGAAGCUGGUGGGGAUUCCGUUGAGUAAAGACACCCGCAGGAAGUUGAUGAUUCUGAGGAGGAAGAAAGGCAGGUUGCAGGCACACAUCAACAGGAAAAAGCUCUUGGCCCAGCUGAGGAUGAAGGGGGGAGCGAUAAAAGUAAAGUCAUGGUGCGGGGGUGCUGUCAAAGUCACAGGACUCACCUCUAUGGAUGUUCCCCUCAAACGCUUCCCUUGCCCCAUCUGUCCCAGUGCCACAUAUGCCAAACAGGGCUCCCUGCUGGUGCACCAUGCCGUCAGACACCCAUCGAGAAACUCAGGCCGUCACGCCCGCCUGCGGUGCCAGGUGUGUGGGCGACGCACCACAUCAUUACACAAAGCCUUGAAGCACAGGGGUCGGCAUCUCAAACAAGCUACAUUCCAGUGCCACAAAUGCCAACACCGUUUCUGGAACCCCUGUCUUUUGGACCGCCACAGGUUCUCCUGCCGGGGGGCGAGCGCUGGCAUCGUGGCUGAAAACUGGGAACCGACAAGGAUGAGAUCACCGUCAGUUAGUGACCACUCUCCAGUCCCACUGACAGUUCCGGGUCUGGUCCUGCCUGAAAGAUCAACAGUUCUUACUGAGUACAGUCAGUAAACGCAAACUGUCUUUUUUUUAGACUAGACUGUUUUUUCAUGUUUAUAUUUUAUUAAAUAAUCCAAGAGUUUAGCAUGUUUUUAACAAAAUGGGGUGAAAAAAUGGGGAAGGUUUAGUUCAACUACCAAAAUAUCCCCACCCCCUUCCCUGGACAAACCUGUAAAACAAUCCCAGUACCAUAGCAGAGGUGGUUGAUAAAAUGACUUGGACUUCUAAAGGCCUAAAAUCAAAACCACCCAAAGUAUCUGCCUUCUCUUCCUGAAAGGUAAAGCAACUAAAGAUCACGUGUUUUCUUUUGUAGCAUCUUUGAAAAUCGUCAGGAACUUGCCAUGAUUUUCUUUGUCUAAAUCCCUUUUGCCGUGUUUGUGCGUAAUCAAGAAUUGGAUGCUUAUCAUAGGGCUGAUAUACCAGUUUAUUCUUUCUCACAUUAUUCACAGUUAAAGUGUAUAGUCCUCAUUUGUUGCUCUGUUUAUUACAGUGAACAGACUCACUUUUUAGAUGAGAUAUUUCCCCUGGAAAAAAAAAAAAUCUCUUUAGGAUCUAAUACCAAGUAGCUCAUGAAAAUGGCACAGCUUCAUGCUGGAUUUACUGAGAAAGAGUUGAAAGAAACAAGUUUAGCUGACCAUGUUUUUAUACUGUACACUACUUUUGUUUUUGUUUUUUUAAGGUGUGUGAAUAAAACGCAAACACGACUAAAGCUGUUAACUUGUUCAGGACUUGAAAAGGACAACAGAAAUAGCGAGUGUACUGUAUAAUUAGUAUUAUAUUUUAUUAUAUAUAAAUAUAAUUUGCUGUUUUUUACUCCCAGUUUUCUUUUAUCAUGGUUACUAUUGUAAGUGUGGGAUGGGAUGAAUUGAGGCUUUGUAAAACGAUGUCUAUAUGUAUCAGUGUGAUCAUUUUGCCCCCUUUUUCCUGAAACCCUGUUUACCUGCUCUUUCAUUGCCACAGUCUGGCUCCGUUUUUGGAACAAAACGUGUACACAUAGUUCAUAUUUAGGUCCUGUCCGGAAGUGCUUAUCCUUUUUUUUUUUUUCUGUAAAACUAAAACAUGUAAUAUGACUAGAUUACUAUCCUUUGCCUAAAAGUGAGUUGUUGAAAACCGUUGAAUAAAAACCUGAAAUAUCA